UCCUGUUAAAAAAAAACCCUUCGUCUUGCCCUUACUCUCACAUACGAAGGAGUCGCCUACACCUGGGGGUAGGGGACUACAGUUUGACUCGAUGAGCUUUAAAACCCCAAAAGAGGUCAGUUUGCUUUAAUAGCACCGUUUAGGUUUCCGAGGAGGGAAAACAAGGCAGUUGAAGUGAAUCACACACGUUGUGUCUUAAUUGGGGUAGCAAAAGCCUAGAGAGAUUUUUGCUGGUUCUGGUUAAACAUUAUUUGCACUUUUGUUGGAAAAGUGGCCCCUAGUGUGCAAUUAUGUCACAUUUCUUUGGCUUUUACAAUUGAAUGCAGAACAGUAACCUCUUUGAUUUAUCCUAGACGGGGCAGACUCCCUCUUUUCCCCACUCCCUCCCUCCUUUUCAGUCUUCCCCCCUUUUUUCCUUAGCCCUAGGAACUGUCACUCAAUGUUUUUUACGCUCCCAACAGUUUCCAAAACAAACAGUGGUGCCUGCAGCCUUCUAUUGAUUCAGUUGGAUGCAACAGUAUCUCUCUCAUGCGGCUGCUCCCCAAUCGGAGCUGCUCCGUUUGCCAGUGAGGGCAGGUCUGUUCCCUAAAAAUUCCUCCCCUUGCCAAUCUCGUAGAACCAGCAGGAGGAAUAAAUCGAGGGAUUUAACCUGCCGCGGGUGCCCGCAUGCACGAUGUGGAGGCAGUGCGAGGGAAGGGGCUGUCAGGAAGAACCUUACCGCUCCUGCCCGAGGGGACUUUUCGCUCUAUUUUAGGAUUUGGGGGAUUUCCUUCCCGUUUUUAAAGGAUCAGGCUUGAAGUUCCGCUCGGGAGGAUCCAAUUUGCGCCGGGAUGGCUCUAAGCUCCCGAGCUCACGCUUUCUCCGUUGAAGCCUUAGUCGGGAAAUCCGCAAAGAGGAAACUGCAGGACUUCAGAGAUGAGAAACAACCGCCUCGCGCGGAGAAGGGAGAGGAGGACGGGACCGGCUGCAGAGGGACCGGGAAAAGCCAGGAACCUGAAAAGAGACCUAAAGCAGGCACAUCAGCUUCUUUCUCGGCUAGCGCCGAAAGUCGAGAAGCGAAGGAUGAUAUCCACGUGGAACUGCAAGGAUCUGAACUCUGGAAAAGAUUUCAUGAGAUCGGCACGGAAAUGAUUAUUACCAAAGCCGGCAGGAGAAUGUUUCCCUCUGUCAGGGUGAAAGUGAAGGGUCUGGAACCAGCGAAACAAUAUUACGUCGCCAUUGACGUGGUUCCUGUGGACUCCAAAAGAUACAGGUAUGUCUACCACAGCUCCCAGUGGAUGGUGGCUGGGAACACAGACCACUCCUGUAUAACGCCCAGGCUCUAUAUCCACCCGGAUUCCCCCUGCUCGGGAGAGACCUGGAUGAGGCAAAUCAUCAGCUUCGACAGGGUGAAACUCACCAACAAUGAGAUGGACGACAAAGGGCAUAUUAUCCUGCAGUCCAUGCACAAGUACAAACCCAGAGUGCACGUGAUUGUGCAGGAUUCCAGAUUUGAUCUGGCCCAGAUCCAGUCUCUGCCAGCGGAAGGGGUUAAAACCUUUUCAUUUAAGGAAACCGAAUUCACCACUGUAACGGCUUAUCAAAACCAACAGAUUACCAAACUGAAAAUAGACAGGAAUCCCUUUGCUAAAGGAUUUAGAGACCCUGGGAGAAACAGGGGAGUGCUGGAUGGACUUUUGGAAACAUAUCCAUGGAGGCCACCACUUACUCUGGAUUUUAAGACCUUUGGUGCAGAAACCCAAGAUGGGAGUUCUGGUUCUUCACCUACAACCUCAAGUGGUGGGACGCCAUCUCCUCUGAACUCCUUGCUUUCUCCAUCUUGCUCACCUCCUACGUUUCACUUGUCAGCGAGCAACAUUGGAGGGUCAUGCCCUGAAACAUAUCUACAUAAUCUCAAUUUGCCCCUUUACUACAAGAUUUGUCCUACAAGCCUUUUGAGACAACAGUCACUUGUAUUUCCAAGCCACGAAAAACUGGGAGGCACUCCACAUAUUUUGCCCCACUUCAUGAUGGAUGUGCCUGUGCUAUCUUCCCUUGGCAUAACAAAUCUGAAAAAUGGUAAAUCUGAAGACUUAACUGGGCAGUGUCUACAAGUACCCAAUUCUGCUAAUCAAAUGUUGUAUGGAUUACAUGCAUCUGGAAACAUUUUCCCAUCAAGUCCCAUUGCUCGGGAAGCACUUAAUUGUUCUUUACAUUCUCCAUAUGGCUUGUAUGGUUAUAACUUUUCUAUGCCAUCUAGACUGAUGAACGCAACAAGCCAUUUCAAAGUGAAUGACAGCAUUCCGACUUCUUUUAGAGAUGGCAGAUGUAAUCAUUCUAUCUGGCAUUCAGCAAUUAACCAUUGCCUCUAAUGGAACUAUAUAACGUUUCUAACGCAGUGACAUGUAAGCAAGUCUUUUCUUCAGUCGUUCCCAAAGGUUUGCUGAUUAUUGUAUAUAAAGUGCCUCAUAAUACAGGAGUGACCUGCCUCGAUAUUUAACGUUUCAUAUGCAACUGUGUUGUAAAAAAUGUUCUGAGCAUGGGGGACAACAAAAUAGCCAACAACAGAGAGAUGCCUUUUGGUAAGCGUUAUUUAUGUAAUGUUCAUAGGAUAGGCGCAAACUUUACAUUCACCCUUUUAAUAUUUGCACUCUGCAGCAGGAAUGAACCUCAGCAACUAAGUAUAAUAAAUACACAGUACUUUAAACAUUA